AUGUACAAGCUUGUUGUUACACUGUUUGUUAUUUUAGUUAUAUCCCAAGCAGUUACUGAUAAAGUUAUUAUUUGUUAUUAUGGAAAUUGGGCAGUUUGGAGACAAGGAAAUGGUCGCUUCGAUAUCGAAAAUAUCGACCCAUUCGUUUGCACACAUAUUAUCUUUGCUUUCAUCGGUUUGAAUAACGACUCGACCAUUAACAUUAUAGAUCCCCAAAACGCCAUAGUAAACGGGGCGAUUCGAAGAUUUAACGGUUUAAGAGAUAUUAACCCAGAUUUAAAAACUAUGGUCUCAAUAGGAGGAUAUACCGAAGAAUCGGAACUUUUUUCUGACAUGGUUCUGACACGUGAAACUAGAACCGUCUUCUUAAAUAGUGUCAUUGAUUUUAUGGAAACCCAUGGCUUUGAUGGGUUCGACUUAAAUUGGGAAUUUCCUGCCCAAAGAGGUGGAAGACCCGAAGAUAAGGAAAAUUUUAUCAAGUUGCUUUCUGAAAUGAGACCAGUUUUUGAUGAAAAGGAAUGGAUAUUCACUGUUGCUGUUGCCGCAUGGGGUGAAUCAGUUGAUAUUUCUUAUGAUGUACCUGAAUUAAAUCGGUAA